AUGCUCAUAAUGUUUGCUUUUCUUCUUGAAUGCAUAGGCUACAAAGACAACACCUGCAAGAAGGUCCUGUUUUAUUUUUUAGUGUUUAUCACCUUUGGUCUCGUGUUACUGCUGUUUCAUUGGCGACCAAAGUAUGAAAUAUAUUUAAAAAAGUCUCAGUGUCCUCUGGUUGAAGCAGAUUGUGUUUUGCUCAAGGAUUCAUUCAACCAUGCCUUUGUGGAGAACAUCAAAAUCCUCUACCUGGAGAAAGGAUGUUUUUUUUUCUCUUUUUUGCUUUCUUUUUAUCUGUCUCUCACUUUUCUUUUUUGCUAUUUGCUGUCUUUUAUUUUAUUUUUUUACUAUUUUCUCUCUUUCUUUUUUUUUUUUUUUUUUUUUUACUAUUUUCUGUGUUUUUUGACUAUUUUCUCUCUGUUUUUUUUAUUAUUUUCUCUCUGUUUUUUUUAUUAUUUUCUCUCUGUUUUUUUUAUUAUUUUCUCUGUUUUUUUAUUAUUUUUUUGUUUUUUUAUUAUUUUGUUUUUUUUUUUAUUUUCUCUCUGUUUUUUUUAUUAUUUUCUCUCUGUUUUUUUUAUUAUUUUCUCUGUUUUUUUUUUUUAUUUUCUCUCUGUUUUUUUUAUUAUUUUCUCUCUGUUUUUUUUAUUAUUUUCUCUCUGUUUUUUUUAUUAUUUUCUCUCUGUUUUUUUUACUAUUUUCUCUCUCUUUUUAUUUUUUCUUUUCUAUUUUACUCUCUUUUUCUAUUUUACUUUUCUUUUUUUUCUCUUUCUAUUUUACUUUCUAUUUUCUCUCUUUCUAUUUUCUCUUUCUAUUUUACUCUCUUUUUCUAUUUUACUUUCUAUUUUACUUUCUAUUUUCUCUCUUUUUCUCUCUUUUCUUUUUACUUUCUAUUUUCUCUCUUUCUAUUUUACUUUCUAUUUUCUCUCUUUCUAUUUUACUUUCUAUUUUCUCUCUUUCUAUUUUACUUUCUAUUUUCUCUUUUACUUUCUAUUUUCUCUUUCUAUUUUCUCUCUUUCUAUUUUACUUUCUAUUUUCUCUCUUUCUAUUUUACUUUCUAUUUUCUCUCUUUCUAUUUUACUUUCUAUUUUCUCUCUUUCUAUUUUACUUUCUAUUUUCUCUCUUUCUAUUUUACUUUCUAUUUUCUCUCUUUCUAUUUUAUUUCUAUUUUCUCUUUUCUAUUUUACUUUCUAUUUUCUCUUUCUAUUUUACUUUCUAUUUUCUCUCUUUCUAUUUUACUUUCUAUUUUCUCUCUUUCUAUUUUACUUUCUAUUUUCUCUCUUUUUUUCUAUUUUCUCUUUCUAUUUUCUCUCUUUUUCUAUUUUACUUUCUAUUUUCUCUCUUUUCUAUUUUACUUUCUAUUUUCUCUCUUUCUCUUUUUCUAUUUUACUUUCUAUUUUCUCUCUUUCUAUUUUACUUUCUAUUUUCUCUCUUUCUAUUUUACUUUCUAUUUUCUCUCUUUCUAUUUUAUUUUUUUUACUAUUUUCUCUCAUUCUGUUUUAUUUUUUUUACUAUUUUCUCUCAUUCUGUUUUAUUAUUUUCUCUCUGUCUGUUUUCUUUUCUUUUACUAUUUUCUUUCUCUCUUUUUUAUCUUUAAACCUCUCUAUUUCUUCUAUCAGUUUUUCUUCUGUAGACCUGUAUCAUGGGGAGCCUAUUUAUCCAGAAAACACCCAGGAAACUGAUGAAGUUGCUUCUUUAGUGAUGCCUCAGCAACAUCAUUCUCCAAUACGAAAGGAAUGGCUGCUUAAAUAUUUUGAUCACCAGCAUGUCCGGUACAUCUGGGAUUCAAAGGUCUCGUCUUUCAAGAAAUUGGAAGAUUUGUCAACAAACAUCUACUGCCGAUCACUUUUGGAAGACUUCCAUGGAAUGAGUUGGGAUCUUCAAAAGCAGAAGCAUCACAUCUAUGGUCCUAACAGUAUUGUUGUAGAAGUCAAAUCUUAUUGGAAGUUACUUAUAUAUGAGGUGCUAAAUCCCUUUUAUAUUUUCCAAAUAGCUAGUAUUAUUUUAUGGGCGAGUGACGAAUAUUAUUAUUAUGCUGGCUGCAUCUUUGUCAUUUCCUGCAUUUCAAUAGCCAUAUCCUUGUAUGAAACUCACAAGCAAAGUGUCACAUUACAUGAUAUGGUUGCAAGUGGAAAUGAGAAGAUUACUGUCAGGCGAAGUGAAGAAACAUUUUUCUUUCUUUUCUCUCUACUAGUUUUCUCUUUCUCUCUUUGUUUUCUUAUUUGUUGCUUUUGGUUAUUUUUUUUUUUUCUUUUUUUGAAAUCUCUUCUUUUUUCUUUUCUUUUUUCUUUUUUUCUUUCUCUUUUUUUUUUCUUCUUUUUUCCUUUCUCUUUUUCUUUUCCUUUCUCUCUUUUUUUUUUUCCUCUCUCUUCUUUUUUCCUUUCUCUCUCUCUCUUUUUUUUCCUUUCUUUCUCUCUCUUCUUUUUUUUUUUUCUUUCUUUCUCUUUCUUCUUUUUUUUUCUCCUUUCUCUCUUCUUUUCCUUUCUCUCUCUCUCUCUCUCUUUUUUUUCCUUUCUCUCUCUCUCUCUUCUUUUUUCCUUUCUCUCUCUCUCUCUUCUUUUUUCUCUCUCUCUCUCUUCUUUUCUCUCUCUCUCUUCUUUUUUUCAUCUCUCUCUUCUUUUUUUGUUCCUCUCUCUCUUUUUUUUCUUUCUCUCUUUUUUCCUUCUCUCUCUUCUUUUUCCUUUCUCUCUCUCUCUCUUUUUUUCUCUCUCUUCUCUUCUUUUUCCUUUCUCUCUCUCUCUCUUUCUUUUUCCUUUCUCUCUCUCUCUCUCUUCUUUUCCUUUCUCUCUCUCUCUCUUUCUUUUUCCUUUCUCUCUCUCUCUCUCUUUUUUUUUCCUUUCUCUCUCUUUUCUUUUUUUUUCUCUCUCUCUCUUCUUUUUUCCUUUCUCUCUCUCUCUUCUUUUUCCUUUCUCUCUCUCUCUCUUCUCUCUUUUUUUUUCCUUUCUUCUCUCUCUCUCUUUUUUCCUUUCUCUCUCUCUCUCUUCUUUUCCUUUCUCUCUCUCUCUCUUCUUUUUUUCUUUCUCUCUCUCUCUCUCUUCUUUUUCCUUUCUCUCUCUCUUUUCUUUUUCUCUCUCUCUCUCUCUCUUCUUUUUCCUUUCUCUCUCUCUCUCUUCUUUUUUUUCUCUCUCUCUCUUCUUUUUUCUCUCUCUCUCUCUUUUUUCCUUUCUCUCUCUCUCUCUUUUUUCCUUUCUCUCUCUCUCUUCUUUUUUCCUUUCUCUCUCUCUCUCUCUUUUUCCUUUCUCUCUCUCUCUCUUCUUUUUUCCUUUCUCUCUCUCUCUCUUCUUUUUUCCUUUCUCUCUCUCUCUCUUCUUUUUUCCUUUCUCUCUCUCUCUCUUCUUUUUUCCUUUCUCUCUCUCUCUCUUCUUUUUUCCUUUCUCUUCUUUUUCUUUCUCUCUCUCUCUUUCUUUUUUCUUUCUCUCUCUCUCUCUCUUUUUUUCCUUUCUCUCUCUCUUCUUUUUUCCUUUCUCUCUCUCUCUUCUUUUUCCUUUCUCUCUCUCUCUCUUUUUUCCUUUCCUCUCUCUCUCUCUUUUUUUUUUUCUCUCUCUCUCUCUUUCCUUUCUCUCUCUUUUUUUUUUUCUUUCUCUCUCUCUCUCUUUUUUUUCCUUUCUCUCUCUCUCUUCUUCUUUCCUUUCUCUCUCUCUCUCUUCUUUUUCCUUUCUCUCUCUCUCCUUUCUCUCUCUCUCUUCUUUUUCCUUUCUUCUCUCUCUCUUCUUUCCUUUCUCUUCUCUCUUUCUCUCUUCUCUCUUCUUUUUUCCUUUCUCUCUCUCUCUCUUCUUUUUUCCUUUCUCUCUCUCUCUUUUUCUUUCUCUCUCUCUCUCUUUCUUUCCUUUCUCUCUCUCUCUCUUCUUUUCCUUUCUCUCUCUUCUUUUUUCCUUUCUCUCUCUCUUCUUUUUUCCUUUCUCUCUCUCUUCUUUUUUCCUUUCUCUCUCUCUCUCUUCUUUUUUCCUUUCUCUCUCUCUCUCUUCUUUUUUCCUUUCUCUCUCUCUUCUUUUUUCCUUUCUCUCUCUCUUCUUUUUUCCUUUCUCUCUCUCUUUAUUUGUUUCCACAGAGAUGUUAGUUCCUGGUGAUGUGAUUAUCAUCCCUUCAAAUGGUUGUAUAUUACAAUGUGAUGCUGUCCUAAUAGCUGGCACUUGUAUUGUUAAUGAGAGUAUGUUGACAGGUGAAAGUGUUCCAGUGACUAAGACACAGUUAAGUGGGCAUGAUGAUGAAAUUUAUUCUCCUGUUUUACAUAAAAAGUACACUCUGUUUGCUGGCACACAAGUGGUUCAGACAAGGUAUUAUGGUCAGGCAAAAGUGUUGGCUGUGGUAGUCAGAACAGGUUUUAAUACUGCCAAGGGAGGACUAGUAAGAGCCAUUCUCUUUCCUAAACCCCUGGGUUUCAAAUUUUACAAAGACUCCAUCAAAUUUAUUCUCUUACUAUGUGUAUUGGCAGCUUGUGGAAUGGUUUACAGCAUUUAUAGUUACGUGAAGAAACAUUUCCCAAUCAGCACAAUUUUCCUUCGGGCACUUGACAUCAUCACAAUUGUUGUUCCUCCUGCAUUACCAGCAGCCAUGACAGUUGGGACAGUCUAUGCUCAGAACAGACUGAAAAAAGAAGGCAUAUUCUGUAUAAGUCCUCCAAGGAUCAACUUCUGUGGAAAAUUAAAUCUCAUUUGUUUUGAUAAGACUGGAACAUUGACAGAGGAUGGUCUAGAUUUGUGGGCAGUUAUACCAAAUGACAAAAACCAUUUUCAGAAUCUAGUGUAUGACCCCACCCAAAUGCCAAAUUGUCCACUUACGAUCUGCAUGGCCACUUGUCAUUCCUUGACCAUGAUUGAGGGUCAGUUAAGUGGAGACCCUCUUGACCUUAAAAUGUUUUUGUCUCUUAACUGGGUUAUGGAAGAACCGGGUAAAGACACAACACGCUUUGAUAGCCUCAUUCCUACAAUAGUACGACCGCAGGGUGUACCACCUACUACUUCUACUGCUACCUCUGGUGUGGACAAUCUUGGGUUUUCUGCUACUACUGAAUUGCUGUGGGAGCUCGGUGAUAGUGAUUCUGUGGUCAUUCAAGAACCCGGUGAAGACACGCAUAAGUUUGACAAUUUCAUGCCCACUGUUGUAAACCCAUGCAUCAAAGCUACUUCUACAGGCCUGGACCAGACGCCCUUUGAGGUUGGCAUUGUCCGCCAGUUCACCUUCUCCUCUACACUUCAGCGAAUGAGUGUCAUUGCCCGUACUCUUGGCAAAUCCCACAUGGAUGUUUAUAGCAAAGGGGCACCAGAGAAAAUAGCCUCUUUAUGCCUUCCAGAGACCAUUCCUUCUGAUUUUGCUGAUGUUUUGCACAAAUACACAAUCCAAGGUUUCCGGGUUCUUGCUUUGGCAUGGAAAGAAUGUGACCCUAAACUAACUUGGCAUCAGGCUCAAAGAAUAAACAGAGACAAAAUGGAAUGUGAUCUCAAGUUCUUGGGACUUCUGGUCAUGAAGAAUACAUUAAAGCCUCAAUCUGCUCCAAUUAUUAAAAUGCUGCAAGCAGCAAAUAUUCGUUCUGUAAUGGUGACAGGUGACAUGAUUCUGACUGCCAUCAGUGUAGCUAGAAACUGUGGAAUGGUAAAACCCCAUGAACAAGUAAUUAUUGUCAAUGCCCACCCACCUGAAAAUGGAAAUCCAGCACAUAUUGAGUGGGACCAAUCGGAAUCUGUUUCAGACGACACAGCCACUGAUUCUGACCAGGAGAAUUGUCCUCUCCUUACGUUUAAUGAAUCCCAAGAACAGGGCUACCAUUCCAUCAGAAUUGAUUCAGAUUAUAACAAAUACCAUUUUGCUGUCUCGGGAAAAUCAUUUUCAGUUUUAAGAAACCAUUUUCCAGAAAUCAUUGACCAAAUUUGUCAGCGUGGAACCAUAUUUGCACGUAUGUCUCCUGAACAAAAAGCUCAACUUGUAGAAAAGUUCCAGGAAUUAGAAUAUGGAACUGGGUUUUGUGGUGAUGGAGCAAAUGAUUGUGAGGCCUUAAAAGCUGCUCAUGCGGGAAUCUCUCUGUCAGAAACUGAAGCCUCAGUUGCUGCACCUUUCACAUCAAGGACACAAAAUAUUGAAUGUGUUGUUACAGUUAUCAGAGAAGGCCGUGCUGCUUUGGUAACUUCUUUUGGUUGUUUUAAAUACAUGGCACUUUACAGUCUUAUCCAGUUUUGUUCAGUCCUCAUCUUAUACACUUAUGGAGUAAAUUUGGCUGACUUUCAAUAUUUGUAUGUUGAUCUGGUUAUUACAACAUCUGUGGCAGUUCUAAUGGGUUAUACAAGAGCUCAUGAUAAACUGACAGUGAAGAAGCCCCCUGGCAGCCUGGUCAAAUUUACCAAUAUAAUCUCCAUACUCAUGCAAGUUGCACUUGUAAUUAUUUUCCAAAUGGCAAGCUUCCUUUAUUUGCAAGUCCAACCUUGGUAUCAUAGAAUUGAUGUUACUUCACAGAACAAAAAUGGUGAUAAUAUUGUUCAGUGCCAUGAGACAACUCUAAUUUUCCUUGUUUCUUCUUAUCAAUACAUAACUGUUGCCUUCGCCUUUUCAAAGGGGCCUCCACAUAGAAAACGGUUUUAUACAAAUGUUCCAUUUACAAUUGUAACUAUUCUGCUGGUUGGAUUCACAUCACUGCUUUUAAUUCAUCCAUUUCCAUUGUUAAUAAAAUUCUUUCAGAUGAAAGUGUUCCCUGAUGAAUAUUUUAAAAACAUAUUGAUUGUUAUUGUUUUUAGUUAUGUUAUUUCCUGUUUAUUGGUUGAGUUUAUAAUUGUCGACUUGAAUAUCAUCUCACAUAGUGAGCUUUUAAUGUAUUUUCUUUUUUCCUUUCCUUUUUCUUUUUUCCUUUCCUUUUUCUUUUUUCUUUUUCCUUUUUUCUUCCUUUUUCUUCCUUUUUCUUUUUUCCUUUCUUUUUCUCCUUUUUUUUCUCUUUUUCGUUUUUCCUUUCUUUUUCUCCUUUUUUUCUCUUUUUCUUUUUUCUUUUUCUUUUCUUUUCUUUUCUUUUACUAUUUCUCUUUUCCACUUUUCUCUUUUUCCUUUUGUCUCUUUUUCCUUUUGUCUCUUUUUCUCUGUAUGUUUAUUAAAAAUUCACAAUUCAGCUCAAAAGUUUAA